CACAGAGAGACUGCUCCCUCGCUAUCAUGGAUGCCCUGGCGGACUGGGCCCUGGCGUGUCCGGCACUGGCCCGCUUGCUGUGGGUCGGGGUUCUGGUACUGACCACUCUGCUUGUUUGGCUGCUGUUCUUCUGCUGCUCCAGGUCUGGCCACAGCAGCUCUGCUCACGAGCUGGAGACGUACCUGGCAGCUCUUGCACCACAGCCAAAGGUAAAGCUUCAAAGCCAGCGUAAGAGGAGGAUGAAGGGGAAAAGUGUGACACCUGCUCGUCAGAAGGAGGAAGAGGAGACUUCACCACCACCGACGCCGAAUGUUCCAGCUCAGCCUCGUUCGGCACUAAGAAAGAGAGGCAAACGCUCGCUCAGGGUGGUCAUAGCCGCGGAGGCCGCAGCAUCAGACGGCACAUCACAGGACGUGAUGGAACCGCCCAGGAGGAGGACGCUGGAGCGAUCGGCGUCGGAGGAGAGUCACAGCGAGAGCCUCAGCAGCUCCCCGAGUCCCGGCGACACGCUGCCAUGGAACCUGGCCAAGCACCAGCGUGUCAAGCGCUCCAAGUCCGCGUCUGGUGACGUGCUGGACCCUGCCGACCGGGCUGUCAUCCGCAUCGCAGAUGAAAGGGAUCGGGUUCAGAAAAAGACCUUCACCAAAUGGGUGAACAAACACUUAUUGAAGCACUGGAGAGCUGAGGCCCAGAGGCACAUCACAGACCUUUACGAGGACCUCAGAGAUGGCCACAACCUUAUCUCCCUGCUGGAGGUGCUCUCGGGUGAGACGCUGCCGAGGGAGCGUGACGUUGUCAGGAACUUGCGGUUGCCCCGUGAGAAAGGGCGCAUGCGUUUCCACAAACUCCAGAAUGUACAGAUCGCUCUGGACUUCCUCAAACACAGACAGGUCAAGCUGGUCAACAUCAGAAAUGAUGACAUUGCAGAUGGAAACCCCAAGCUGACGUUAGGACUGAUAUGGACCAUCAUCCUCCACUUCCAGAUUUCCGACAUCCAGGUGAACGGCCAGUCGGACGACAUGACGGCCAAGGAGAAGCUUCUGCUGUGGUCUCAGCGCAUGGUGGAGGGUUACCAUGGCAUGCGCUGCGACAACUUCACCACCAGCUGGAGGGACGGCAAGCUCUUCAACGCCAUCAUACACAAACACAGGCCAGGUUUGAUUGACAUGGGAAAAGUUUACCGACAGACUAACCUGGAGAAUCUGGAGCAGGCGUUCAACGUGGCGGAGCGCGAGCUGGGCGUCACCCGUCUGCUUGAUCCCGAAGAUGUGGACGUUCCCCAUCCUGAUGAGAAGUCCAUUAUCACCUAUGUUUCCUCUGUUUAUGAUGUCAUGCCCAGAGUACCCGAUGUCCAAGAUGGCGUCAAAGCCAACGAGCUGGAGCUGCGCUGGCAGGAGUACUAUGAGCUGGUCACCAUGCUGCUGCAGUGGAUGAGACACCACAUCAUCGUGUUCGAGGAGAGGAAGUUCCCCACCAGCUACGACGAGAUAGACGUUCUCUGGCGUCAGUUCCUCAAGUUUAAAGAGACUGAGCUGCCAGCGAAGGAGGCUGACAAGAACCGCUCCAAACAAAUCUUCAGAUCCUUUGAGGGUGCUGUUCAGGCAGGUCAGAUCAAAGUUCCCUCCAAUUACCACCCAUUUGACGUGGAGAAGGAAUGGGGUCGGCUGCACGUCGCCAUUCUGGAGAGGGAACGCCUGCUGAGAACCGAGUUUGAAAGGAUGGAGCGCCUCCAGAGGAUUGUCAGUAAAGUGCAGAUGGAGUCUGGCGUCUGUGAGGAGCAACUCAACCAGGUGGAGACCCUGCUGCAAACGGACGUACGCAUGAUGAACGCAGGUAAGCCAGCCCAGCACACCGGUGAGGUCGAGGCCGAUCUGGACAAAGCAGAGGGCAUGAUCCGACUCCUGUUCAACGAUGUCCAGCAGCUCAAAGAUGGACGCCACUUACAAGCUGAACAAAUGUACAGAAGGGUGUACCGACUUCACGAGCGCCUGGUGAACCUGCGCAGCGAGUACAACCUUCGUCUGAAGUCUGGUGUGACCCUCACCCAAGUGCCAAUGGCACAGGUGGCGCAGGUGCCCAUGUCUCAGGUAUCUAUGCAGCAGCAGUCGACGCGCGUGCGUCCGGAGCUGGAUGAGGUGACGCUGCGCUACAUCCAGGACCUGCUGGCCUGGGUGGAGGAGAACCAGCGGCGGAUCGACGGGGCCGAAUGGGGCGCCGACCUGCCCUCCGUGGAGUCUCAGCUGGGCAGCCACCGCGGCCUGCACCAGUCCGUCGAGGACUUCAAGUCCAAGAUCGACCGCGCCAGGGCUGACGAGAGUCAGCUAACCCCUCUUAGUAAGGGAGCCUACAGAGACUAUCUGGGGAAACUGGACCUGCAGUAUGCAAAGCUCCUGAACUCCAGCAAAACACGCCUGCGCAGUCUGGAUCAGCUUCACGCCUUUGUGACCGCCGCCACCAAAGAGCUGAUGUGGCUCAACGAGAAAGAGGAAGAGGAGGUCAACUACGACUGGAGCGACCGCAACACCAACAUGACCACCAAGAAGGACAACUACUCAGGUCUGAUGCGUGAGCUGGAACAUAGGGAGAGGAAGGUGAACACUGUUCAGGCCACAGGAGACAAACUGCUGAAGGAAGGCCACCCUGGCAAGAAAACCAUCGAGGCCUUCACUGCAGCCCUACAGACCCAGUGGAGCUGGAUCCUCCAGCUGUGCUGCUGUAUUGAGACACACCUAAAAGAAAACACUGCCUACUUCCAGUUCUUCAAUGACGUGAAAGAUGCCCAGGACCAGAUGAAGAAGAUCAACGACACGAUGAAUAGGAAGUACGUGUGUGACCGCGCCAUCACCGUGACAAGGCUGGAGGACCUGCUGCAGGACUCAGCGGAUGAAAAGGAGCAGCUAAAUGAGUUUAAGACUCACCUGGACGGCCUCAACAGACGGGCCAAGACCGUCGUCCAGCUGAAACCACGUAACCCUGCCAACUCGGUUAAGGCCAAGCAGCCCGUGCAGGCCGUGUGCGACUUUAAACAGAUGGAGAUCACAGUGCACAGAGGCGAUGACUGUACGCUGCUGAACAACACCGAGCCCUCCAAGUGGAAGGUGAAGAACCCCAAAGGAGGCGAAGCCACCAUGCCCUCCGUCUGCUUUGUUGUCCCCCCAACCAAUAAGGAGGCGGUGGACAGCGUCAAUGAGUUGGACGGCGGUCUGAAGAAGCUGUUUGUGCUCUGGCAGAGGCUUCACGUGGACAUGAAGAGCCUCCUGUCCUGGCAGUACCUCACGAGGGACAUCCAGCUCAUCAACUCCUGGAACUUCCUCAUGUUUAAGACGCUGAAGGUGGAGGAGUACAACCUGGCCCUGAGGAACCUGGAGCUGCACUACCAGAACUUCAUGAAGGACAGCCAGGACUCUGAGCUGUUCGGCGCUGAUGACCGUCUGCAGGCUGAGAAUGGCUUCCAGUCGGCCAAGCAGCACUACGACGUCCUCCUGCAGUCUGUGGAGCAAGGAUAUGUCCCCACCGAAGCAGAAACACUCUCUGGUGAGCAGGAUGAAUCUCUGUGUAAGACGUACAUGACUCAGAUCCGAGACCUGCGCCUGAGACUGGAGAACUGUGAGACUCGCACCGUUAACCGCCUCAGACACCCGGUGGACAAGGAGCCCCUCAAGGCCUGUGCCCAGAGGACCACUGACCAGAAGCAAGUGCAGAUCGAGCUGGAGAGCAUAAAGAAAGAUCUGGAUAAGGUGGCCACUCAGACGCAGAGUGUGCUGGCGUCCCCUCAGGCCUCCGGCUCCAUGCCUAUGCUGAGCUCAGAGCUGGACAUCACCCUCAAGAAGAUGGAGCACGUCCACAGCCUGUCCUCCGUCUACAUGGACAAGUUGAAGACCAUCAACGUGGUGAUCCGUAGCACACAGGAAGCUGAGGAUGCACUCAAGCAGUUUGAAGGCGAGCUGCGUAACGUCAACAAGGUUCCUGCAGAGGAGAAAGAAGUGAAGGCUCACCUUGACCAGCUCAAGAAACUGCGUGUGGAUGCGGAGGAAGAGCAGGCCACCUUUGAGUGCUUGGACCGGGAGCUCCAGAAGGCCGUAGCAGUGCACGACCGCAUGCGGAUGGUCCACAGCGAACGCGACGCCGAGCUCGAGCACUACCGCACGCUCGUCUGCAACUUGCAGGAGCGCUGGCAGGCCGUGUUCGCCCAGAUCGACCUGCGCCAACGCGAGCUGGACAACUUGGGACGACAGAUGAAGCUGUACAGAGACAGCUACGACUGGCUCAUCAACUGGUCAGCUGACGCCAAGCAGAGACAGGAGAAGAGCUGCGCUGCACCCAUCAGUGGCAGCAAAACGCUCAAGGACCAACUCGCUCAGGAGAAGAAACUCCUGCAGGAGAUUGAGCAAAACAAAGAUAAAGUGGACGAGUGUCAGAAAUAUGCGAAGUCUUACAUCGAUGCAGUGAAGGACUAUGAGCUUCAGCUGGUCACCUACAAAGCCCUGGGAGAGCCACUGGCCUCUCCCGCCAAGAAAUCCAAAAUGGAGUCAGUGUCCGACAACAUUAUUCAAGAGUAUGUCAAUCUGAGAACUCGCUACAGCGAGCUGCUCACACUCAUGAGCCAGUACAUCAUCUUCAUCACGGACACACAGCGCCGCCUAGAGGACGAGGAGAAAACCGCUGAAAAGAUAAAAGCAGAGGAGAAGAAAAAGAUGGCAGAGAUGCAGGCAGAGUUAGACAAACAGAGGCAGUUAGCCGAGACUCACGCCAAAGCCAUCGCCAAGGCCGAGAAAGAGGCCGAAGAGCUCAAGCUCAAAAUGAAAUCGGAGGUCAGCAAGAGGGAGGUGGUGUCUGUGGACGCCGAGAAGCAGAAGCAGAACAUCCAGCAAGAGUUGCACCAACUCAAGAGCCUGUCCGAGCAAGAGAUCAAAACCAAGGCACAGCAGGUGGAGGAGGCCCUUCAGAGUCGCAUCAAAGUCGAAGAGGAGAUUCGCAUAAUCCGGCUACAGCUUGAGACCACUGUAACGCAGAAGUCCACGGCCGAAGCUGAGCUUCAGCAGCUGAGAGACAAGGCCGCUGAGGCAGACAGGCUGAGGAAAGCAGCACAGGAGGAGGCUGAGAAACUCCGCGCUCAGGUGACAGAAGAGACGCAACGGAAGCGCAAGGCAGAGGACGAGCUGAAGAAGAAAGCCGAGGCUGAGAAGGAGGCAGCCAAGCAGAAACAGAAAGCUCUGGAGGACUUGGAGAAAUACAAGCUCCAGGCUGAGGAAGCUGAGCGGUGCCUCAAACAGGCAGAGAUAGAAAAGCAGCGCCAGAUCAAGGUCGUUGAGGAAGUUGCUGUAAAAAGUGCAGCGGCAGAACUCCAGAGCAAGCGUCUGUCUUUGGUCGAGAAAACGUCCAAGCUGGAGGAGUCCCUCAAACAAGAGCAGGAUGCGGUCCUCCAGUUGCAGGAGGAAGCGGAAGGUCUCAAGAGGCAGCAAGCAGAGGCAUCCAAAGCCAGAGAAGAGGCAGAAUCAGAGCUGGAAAAAUGGAGGCAGAAGGCCAAUGAGGCCCUGAGACUGAGGCUUCAGGCUGAGGAGGAGGCACAGAAGAAGAGCCUUGCCCAGCAGGAUGCUGAGAAACAGAAAGAGGUGGCAGAGCGUGAGGCUAAGAAGAGAGGCAAAGCGGAAGAAGCUGCACUGAAGCAGAAGGAAAUGGCAGAGAAAGAGCUGGAGAAGCAGAGAAAGCUUGCAGAUGACACCGCUCAACAGAAGCUCUCUGCCGAGCAAGAGCUCAUCCGCCUCAGAGCUGACUUUGACCAUGCGGCACAACAGAGGACCCUGCUGGACGGCGAACUCCAGAGGCUGAAGAACGAGGCCAGCGCUGCUGAAAAACAGAGGAAACAGCUGGAAGAGGAACUGGCCAAAGUUAGAGCUGAAAUGGACAUUCUCCUCCAGGCCAAGUCUGCAGCAGAGAAAGAGUCCAUGUCCACCACGGAAAAGAGUAAACAGUUGAUUGAAUCUGAGGCAACCAAAAUGAGGACACUGGCUGAAGAAGCAUCUAAGCUGAGAACAGUGGCAGAAGAGGCCAAGAGACAAAGACAAGUCGCUGAGGAUGAAGCAGCUCGACAGAGAGCAGAAGCAGAGAAGAUCCUGAAAGAAAAGCUGGCCGCAAUAAAUGAGGCCACAAGGCUUAAAACUGAAGCCGAGAUAGCACUCAAGGAAAAAGAGGCUGAAAAUGAACGUCUCAAAAGGAAAGCUGAAGAAGAGGCAUAUCAGAGGAAACAGCUUGAAGACCAAGCAGCUCAGCAUAAGCAGGAUAUUGAUGAGAAAAUGAACCAGCUGAAGAAAGCCUCAGAUACAGAGCUGGAGCGACAGAAGAAAAUUGUUGAGGAAACAGAGACACACAGAAAAGUCGUGGAGGAGGAAAUACGCAUCCUCAAACUCAACUUUGAGAAGGCCUCAAUAGGAAAGACUGACCUUGAGAAGGAGCUGAACAAACUCAAAGGCAUUGCAGAUGAGACUCAGAAGAGCAAAACCAAGGCAGAGGAGGAGGCUGAGAAAUUCAGAAAGCUCGCUCAAGAAGAGGAGAAGAAGAGGAAAGAGGCAGAAGAGAAGGUGAAGAAGAUCAAAGCAGCAGAGGAGGAGGCAGCAAGACAACGCAAGGCAGCUCAGGAAGAGGUUGAGCGCCUCAAGCAGAAAGCUGCUGAAGCCAACAAGCAGAAGGAGAAAGCCGACAAAGAGGCGGAGAAACAGAUUGUAGCGGCCAAAGAAGCUGCCCUGAAAUGCUCUACUGCCGAAAAGCAGGCCCAAGAUAUCCUGGUACAACAGAAAGAGGACAGUGCAGCUCAGGUUAAGCUUAAGGAGGAGUUUGAAAUGGCCAAGAAGCUGGCUAAGGACGCUGCAAAAGCCAAAGAAAAUGCCGAGAAAGAGGCUGCUCUCUUACGGCAAAAGGCAGAAGAUGCUGAGCGUCAGAAGCAAGCGGCUGAGGCAGAAGCAGCCAAGCAGACCAAGGCCCAGGAGGAUGCAGAGAAGCAGAGGAAAGAAGCUCAGGAGGAAGCUGCAAAGAGAGCCGAAGCUGAAGCAGCCGCCCUCAAACAAAAACAGCAAGCUGACGCUGAGAUGGCCAAGCACAAGCAACUGGCUGAGAAAACCCUCAAACAGAAGUCUCAGGUUGAGCAAGAACUCGCAAAGGUUAAAGUUCAACUAGAUGAAACAGAUAAGCAAAAAUCUGUACUGGAUGGAGAGCUACAGAGGCUAAAGGAUGAAGUCGGUGAUGCUAUGAAACAGAAGGCCCUGGUGGAAGAGGAACUCUCCAAAGUUAAGUUUCAGAUGGAGGAGUUAGUCAAAUUAAAGCUCAAAAUUGAAGAGGAAAACAAACGUCUUCACAAGAAAGACAAAGAGAGCACACAGAAACUACUAGAAGAAGAGGCUGAGAACAUGAAGAAGCUGGCAGAGGAAGCUGCAAGGCUCAGUGUCGAGGCUCAAGAAGCAGCCAGACUGCGAGAGGCUGCAGAGGCUGACCUCGCCCAGCAGAGGGAGCUGGCGGACAAAAUGCUCCAGGAAAAAAUGCAGGCCAUCCAGGAAGCCACGACACUCAAGGAAGAAGCCGAGAAGCUCCAGAAAGCAAAAGAUAAGGCACAAAAGGAAGCUCAGAAACUCCUUCAGGACAAAAACCAGAUGCAGCAGAGAUUGGAGGAGGAGGCUGAAGGUUUCCAGAAGUCUCUGGAAGUGGAGCGGAAAAGGCAACGUGAGGCCACAGCUGAGGCAGAGAAACUGAAGCAGCAGGUUUCACAGCUCAGCCAAGCCCAGGCCAAAGCUGAGGAGGAGGCCAACAAGUACAAAAAUCAGGCAGACGAGAUCCGCAUUCGCCUACAGAACACCGAGAAGCAAACCUCAGAGAAAGUCACUGUUGUUGAGAAGCUUGAAGUGCAGAGACUCCAAAGCAGUAAGGAGGCAGAGGACCUCCGCAAAGCUAUAGAGAAACUUGAGAAAGAAAAAGAAAAAUUGAAAAAAGAGGUCGCUGAUGUACAAAAUAAGUCAAAAGAGAUGUCUGAUGCACAGCAAGAGCAGAUUAAGCAGGAAAAGACCAUAUUGCAAAAUACAUUCCUUACAGAAAAAGAAGGGCUGUUGAAGAAAGAGAAAGCCAUCGAAGAAGAGAAGAAAAAGCUGGAGAAACAACUGCAAGAUGAAACAAAGAAGGCAAAGGCCCUCAAAGAUGAACAGGAACGCCAGAGGAAACAAAUGGAAGAUGAGAAGAAAACGCUGCAGGUUAGCAUGGACGCCGCUCUUAAGAAGCAGAAGGAUGCAGAGGAUGAAAUGCUCAACAAACAGAAAGAAUUGCAGGAGCUGGAAAAGAAGAAGCUUGCCCAAGAGAAGCUCCUUGCCGAGGAGAACAAAAAGCUUCGGGAGAAGCUUCAGCAGCUUGAAGGUGCACAAAAAUCCCCAACAUCCAGCAAAGAAAUCGAGAUUCAGACUGACAAGGUUCCUGAGGGUGAGGUAGUGACCAUGACCAUGGUGGGGGCAACAAAGAAAGUCCUUAAUGGCUCAGAUGCUGUGGAUGGUGGGAAAAAGGAAGAAGAACCCUUAGCUUUUGAUGGAAUCAGAGGCAAGGUUCCUGCAAAGAGGCUUCACGACAUUGGUGCACUGAGCAAAAAGGAAUUCGACAAAUUAAAGAAAGGAAAAACUACUGUACAAGAACUUAGCAAGACCGAUAAAGUUCAAAUGUGCCUACAGGGCAAAGACAGUAUUGGUGGUCUCAUAGUGGAACCAAACCAGAAAAUGAGCAUCUAUCAAGCCCUGAAGGAGAAGAAGAUUGCACCUGGCACAGCCAUUAUGCUUCUUGAAGCCCAAGCAGCAUCUGGGUUCAUCACAGACCCUGUAAAGAACAAGAAGAUGUCUGUCAAUGAAGCUGUAAAAGAGGGAUUGGUUGGUCCAGAGCUCCAUAAUAAACUGCUAUCUGCGGAGCGGGCAGCAACAGGAUUCAAAGAUCCCUUCACUGGUGACACAAUCUCUGUCUUUGAGGCCAUGAAAAAGGGACUGAUUGCUGAGGACCAGGCCACAAAACUCCUUGACGCUCAGCUAGCAACCGGCGGAAUAAUCGAUCCAGUCAACAGUCAUCGGGUGCCUUUACAAACUGCUGUUAAACAGGGUCAAUUAGAUGAUGAGCUCAACAAAGUUCUCUCAAACCCACCUGCAGACAAGAAGGGAUUCAUCGACCCAGACACAAAGGAAAGCCUCACUUAUCAGCAGUUGAUGGAGAAGUGCAAACCAGACCCUCAAACAAAUCUUCCUAUGUUGCCCAUAACAGAGAAAGCUGCACUGACUGAAGGGACAUACACAGAUGAGGAGACCAAAGACGUGCUCAGUAAGGCCAAUGUGUCUGUUCCAUUUGGAAGAUUCAAGGGAAAGACUGUGACCAUCUGGGAAGUCAUCAACUCAGAGUACUUUACUGAGGAACAGAGACGGGAUCUGAUUCGCCAGUACAAGAGUGGGAAAAUAACUGUCGAGAAGAUCAUUAAAAUUGUAAUCACAUGUGUAGAGGAUAAAGAGAAGAGCAAAGAACUGGCUUUCGAAGGAAUAAGAUCCCCUGUGUCUGCCUCAGAGCUGCUGGACUCAAAGGUUAUAAACAAAGACCUGUUCAAUAAAUUGAGCAACGGCAAAGCUUUAGUUAAGGACAUCUCUGAGAUGGAUGCAGUGAAGAAAGCCCUGAAGGGUACAAACAGCAUUGCUGGGGUGUUUAUCGAGUCCACCAAGGAAAAAAUGCCAUUCUACCAAGCCCUAAAAAAAGGUUUUAUCGGAACAGAGACUGCACUGAACAUGCUAGAGGCUCAAGCCGGAACUGGAUCUUUAAUUGACCCCGUCAAAAAUCAGAAAAUGACCGUGGACGAAGCUGUCAAGUCGGGUCUUGUAGGCCCAGAGCUCCACGAGAAACUGCUGUCAGCUGAAAGAGCAGUGAGUGGGUACAAAGAUCCCUACACUGGAAAUACAGUUUCCCUGUUUGAAGCCAUGAACAAAGAUCUAAUUUCCAAAGACCAAGGUGUUCGACUCCUGCAGACCCAGUUAGCCACUGGGGGCAUUGUUGAUCCAGUCAAGAGUUACCGUAUUCCACAGGAUGUUGCCUGCAAACGUGGUUAUUUCAGUGAGGACUUAAGCAGCUUAAGCACCCCCUCUGACACAAGCAGAGUAUUCUGUGAUCCCAUUACACAGGAGAAUGUUACAUAUGCACAACUUAAGGAGAAAUGCAUCACUGAUAAACAGACAGGACUCCCAUUGCUGCCAGUGUCAGGCAAAGCCAUUAAGUCAAAAGAGGACCACAAGUACACUGAAGGUCAGACAAAAGAUGCACUCAAUCAGGCCACCAUGGAACUGCAUAGUGGGCCCUUCAAAGGAAGGACAGUCACCAUAUGGGAGAUCAUCCAUUCAGAAUAUCUCACAGAGGUGCAGAGAAUUGAGUUGAUCCGUCAGUACAGGACAGGGCAAAUCACCAUUGAAAGAAUCAUGACAAUUGUGAUCACAAUGAUGGAUGAGAAUGAGACCAAGAAAACACAGGCCAGUUUUGAGGGGCUCAGAGGACCGGUAACAGCCAGCUCUCUGUUUGAGUCCAAAAUCAUUGAUAAGUCAAUGUAUGACCAGCUCCAGCAAGGCAAAAAGAAACCCAAAGACAUUGGAGGAACUGAUGCCGUGAAAAAAUACCUACAAGGUGGGGAUGUCAUUGGCGGCAUCUUCCUGGAGAAAUCUAAAGAGAAGGUCAGUGUUUACCAGGCAAUGAAGCAGAAAAUGUUGACUCCAGAUACAACCCUCUCUCUACUGGAAGCACAAGCAGCCACUGGAUUUAUCAUUGAUCCUGUGAAGAACCAGCAGUUUACCGUUGACGAUGCUGUUAAGGCUGGCGUGGUUGGCCCUGAACUUCAUGAAAAACUUCUGUUAGCAGAAAAGGCAGUGACUGGUUAUAAAGACCCUUACACGGGUAGCAAGAUCUCCCUGUUGCAAGCCAUGCAAAAGCAACUUGUUUUGCGAGAACAUGCCAUCCCACUGCUGGAAGCACAAGCAGCCACAGGAGGCAUCAUUGAUCCAGUGAAUAGCCAUCGUGUCCCCAAUGAUGUAGCCAUUCAGCGGGGCUAUCUCACAAAGCAGGUUGCCAAAUCCUUUGCCAGCCCAUCGGGUGACAUCAUGGGCUUUACUGAUCCCAGCACAGGGGAGAGUGCCACUUACAAGCAACUGAAAGAAAAAUGCAUGAAAGAUCCAGACACAGGGGUGUAUCUCCUGCCACUUGCUGUGGCCGAAGCACCUCCCAAGGAAGAGAAGUCCUACGUAGUCACAGAGGAGCAGGCACAGACAGACCUGGCAAACACCACAGUUGAUCUUCCACUUGAAAGUUUUGCUGGAAAGCAAAUGUCCUUGUGGGAAGUCAUGCAGUCCAACAUGCUCCCUGAUGAAGAAAAGCAAAGACUUCUUGAACAGUAUAGAACUGGAAAGAUAACUAAGGAAAGAAUGGUCAUAAUAGUCAUCGAAAUAAUUGAGCAAAGGGAGAUUAUUAAGACGGAGCAGAGCAUGUCUUGUGAUGUAAUCAGACGCAGAAUUACCAUUGAUGAGCUCUACAACUCUCGCAUCAUAAACCUAGAAACCUACAACUUACUGAAAGCUGGCAAGAAAACCAUCCGUGAAGUUAUGGAGAUGUCAACAGUCAAGCAGUAUCUGUUCGGCACUGGCUGCAUAGCAGGUGUGAUCUCAGACACGUUCACCAAAGUCAGCAUUUAUCAAGCCAUGAAGAGGAACCUCAUCAACCCUGAUGUAACUAUUAGUCUUCUGGAAGCACAGGCAGCGACGGGCUUCAUGAUCGACCCAGUGAAAGAUGAAAUGCUAACAGUCGAUGAAGCUGUACGCAAAGGCCUAGUUGGCCCUGAAAUCCAUGACAAACUCUUGUCGGCUGAGAGGGCAGUUACAGGCUACAAAGAUCCUUACAGUGGGAAGGUCAUUUCCCUUUACCAGGCGAUGAAGAAAGAUUUGGUUCCUGAAGAUUAUGCCCUAAAACUUAUGGAAGCUCAAGUCGCAACUGGUGGAAUCGUGGAUCCAGAAUACAACUUCCACCUGCCAACUGAGGUUGCUACCCAACGCGGCUACAUCAACAAAGAGAUGUUUGAGAGACUCUCAGAUCCAAGCAAUGCUGUGACAGAAUUUGUGGACCCCACCACAGAUGAGAGAGUGUCCUACGCUCAGCUACUCAAGCGCUGCAAAGUGGAUAAAGACAGUGGCCUCUAUUUGUUGUCUCUUUCUGAUAAAGGACUACUCUUCAAGGGUCUCAGGAAGCAGAUCACCUUGGACGAGCUGCUUCGUUCUCAGCUCAUUGACCAAAAGACUUACGAUGGGCUCAUGCAGGGUAUCCUAUCAGUUGAGGAAAUAACUAAAAACAUUCAGAAAUACCUUAUAGGUACAAGCUGUAUUUCAGGUGUUUACGUAGAGGCUAGCAAAGACCGCCUAUCAAUCUACCAGGCAAUGAAGAAGAACAUGAUCAGGCCAGGAACUGCCUUUGAGCUUCUUGAGGCGCAGGCAGCAACAGGAUAUAUCAUUGAUCCUAUCAAAAACUUAAAGCUGAACGUAAGUGAAGCUGUAAAAAUGGGAGUCGUGGGUGCAGAGUUUAAAGACAAGCUUCUCUCUGCAGAACGAGCUGUAACUGGCUACAAAGACCCAUACUCUGGCAAGGUGAUCUCUCUGUUCCAAGCCAUGAAGAAGGGGCUGAUCUUAAAAGACCACGGCAUCCGUCUCCUUGAGGCACAGAUAGCAACAGGUGGAAUCAUCGACCCCGAGGAGAGUCACCGCGUGACAGUGGAGACAGCCUAUAAACGGGGCCUGUUCGACCAGGAGAUGAACGAAAUCCUUACAGACCCUUCUGAUGACACCAAAGGCUUCUUUGACCCCAACACAGAGGAGAAUCUGACCUAUCUUCAGCUGAUGGAGCGAUGCAUGACUGACCCUGAGACUGGACUAAUCCUCCUGCCUCUGAAAGAGAAGAAACGUGAGAGGAAGACAUCCUCCAAAUCGUCUGUCCGCAAACGCAGAGUGGUGAUCGUGGAUCCCGAGACUGGCAAGGAAAUGUCUGUAUAUGAGGCGUACCGUAAAGGGCUUAUUGACCAUCAAACCUACCUGGAGCUUGCAGAGCAGGAGUGUGAGUGGGAAGAAAUCACCAUCUCCUCCUCAGACGGCGUUGUAAAGUCCAUGAUCAUCGAUCGUAGAUCUGGACGCCAGUAUGACAUUGAUGAUGCCAUCUCUAAAGGGCUCAUUGACAAGUCAGCUUUAGAUCAAUACCGAGCUGGCACGCUGUCAAUCACAGAGUUUGCUGACAUGCUCUCAGGAAACAUGAGUGGCUUCCGUUCACGCUCAUCCUCAUUUGGUUCCACCUCAUCCUAUUCCAGCCCAACUCCCUCAAUCAAAACACCCGCAACCACCUGGAACGAUCCAACAGAGGAGACUGGCCCAGUCGCUGGAAUUCUGGACACGGACACCUUGGAAAAGGUGUCUGUCACAGAGGCCAUGCACCGUAAUCUGGUGGACAACAUCACUGGCCAACGGCUCCUGGAGGCUCAGGCAUGCACGGGCGGAAUCAUCGACCCAAACACUGGCGAAAGGUUCCCCGUUGCCGACGCAAUGGAGAAAGGGCUUGUGGACAAGAUCAUGGUCGACCGCAUAAACCUGGCCCAGAAGGCUUACAACGGAUUUGAGGAUCCCAGAACCAAAACAAAAAUGUCUGCCGCUCAAGCCUUAAAGAAGGGCUGGCUUUACUAUGAAGCUGGCCAGCGAUUCCUUGAAGUCCAGUACCUUACAGGGGGUUUGAUUGAACCAGAAGUCCAAGGAAGGGUAUCAAUUGACGACGCUGUUAAGAAAGGGACUCUCGAUGCACGGACUGCACAGAAACUACGCGAUGUCAGUGCCUACUCCAAAUACCUCACCUGUCCCAAGACAAAGCUGAAGAUCUCUUACAAGGAUGCCAUGGAGAGAAGCAUGAUCGAGGAAGGAACUGGCCUGCGCUUGCUGGAAGCCUCCUCACAAUCGAGCAAAGGCCUGUACAGCCCCUAUAGCAUCAGUGGCUCUGGCUCUGCUUCCGGUUCCCGACCGGGCUCAAGAACUGGAUCACGGUCAGGCUCUAGACGGGGUAGCUUUGACGCCACCGGCGGCUCCGGUUUCUCCAUGGGCUUCUCCUCAACGUCCUACUCCUCCCCCAGCUUUGGUCGUCGCUACACUGCUGGAGAGCAUGGUGGGCUGUGUGUGGAUGAGCUGAGGAUGGCCCUAAAAGCACUGGCAUCAGGCAGGAACUGUUGCUCUGAAGAUGGGAUUGCAUUCACUCUGCCUCCAAUGCAGUGUUCAUUAGUUGCUUAGUUUCAAAAAGAAAAAAAAACUUCAUUCAUUCAUUCAUUCAUUCUGCUCUGCAUGUGGUUGCUAUGGGCCUUUGCUUAUAUUUGUAUUAUUGGUUGAGACUUUGUUGUUGAAUUUUACAUUUAUUUUGAAGAUUCUCUUAUUUUUCUUGAGUUAACUUAAGCUCAUUUUGUUCUACCUUCUUCCUGUCUCAUCCAAAAUAUUUUAUUCAUAUUAUAAAUACUCUCAUUUUUACUGUACAUUUUUAUUUGUAGAACGGACUUCCACCGUACAAGAAAUUAAAUGUAAAUGUUGUUUCUAUGAUUGUACACAGUACAUAAGUUAGGUCAGAGUUAUUUUCAGAAGUUAACGUUUUGUUAACAGCCUGCAUUUUUUUUAAAAGAUAAAAGCUCAAGUCUACUGUCUGCAGAGCAGAAUAAAAAAAAUAACACAAAUCGCUAUGUCACACUGCCCAGAGAUUGGUUCAAGGAACAAAGCUUUAGAAUCCUCUACCAAUCAAGUCAAUAAUGCCACAGCCAUGCCACUAUGAUGCUCUACCACUCCCUCUGGAAAUCAUAAUAAACCAACAGAUGUCCAACACUCAUCUGACAAUGUGACAAUUUGGAUCAAAAACAGUCAUAGUCGACGGAUAAAUUCCCAGUUACUGCUGCAAGUAAAAAGCCUUCUCAGGAGUCACUGAGGCCAUAACAGAUAUGAGGGAAAAAGCCUGCUAAAUGCCAUAAUCCUAAACAUACCAUCUGUUAUCAAACUGCAACUUCGAGGAAGACUUCAGAGACACCAUCUGCCUCCAGUAUCUCUGCAUUUCUUUCUUUUUGUGCCAAGAGGGACCUCAGGAAUUAGAUGUUGUGAAGAUCUCAUCAUCCACAAUGUUUGACCUGAUGUCCUACAGAGACGCCAUGAAUGAGUCUAUGGUGUUGCCUCCCAACCUCCUAAUCUACUGAUGCUUCGAAGAUGAGUCUGAUGAAUCCACUGAUGCUUUCAAGAGAGUAUUCAUUUACAUUUCAGCUCUAUGUCUUUAUGCAGCCUUACAUAAAAAUGUACCAUUACAACCACUGGAAUUAAUACAGUGUAUUAGCAGAAUAUUGUCUUAAUGUCAGCAGUUUAAAUCACGGCAGCAACUGGCACAGGCUUUUCUUACAAGAUUAUUUUUCUCCAUGGUAAAAAAGUAGAGCACUGUCAACCAUAGAUAUAACUUGAGAAUACUAAAUCUAGGUAUGCCUACAUUUUAACAUAAAUAUACAAGAUUCAGUAUUUCAAGAUCAUUUUGCCUCUAAUUUGCACUUUCUUCCUAAAUAGCUAUAGCACAUAACAUAAAAAAUACUUGAUCAAACAGAAAGAAAACUCUGGGUUUGGACUGCACAUGUUUUAGCAUAUUGGAGUAGUCAUGAUGAUGAUACUCAAGAAAUUCCUUAACUUGUGGUAGAAAUAGGUUACUAAAGCUAUGUCACUUGAACCGACGUCUGUGUUAAGCCCUACACCAUUGCUAUUUCUUUUCUUUCCUUACAUCCCUCUGACUUCAGAUUUUGUUUUCAUUUCAAUUAUAUAUUUUCGUAUUAUAUAUUCUAUUUUUUGGCUUUGCAUGUUUUAAUAACAUAAUUUCAAGAGAUGCAAUAAAACAGCUGUACCUGACUUUUUUAAGUACUUGCUAAGCUACAUGUCUGUUGGGGGGGGGAACUGAUCUGAGGCAUGGGUAGACCUAUAUUUAAAGGAAGAAGUUAUGUUCUAAUGUAAAUAAACUAAUGAUAUAUACUGUA